AUGUCACCUGUAUCUCAAAGCCAAAUCCCUACAUCCACCAGCGGCUGGACCCUCGUUGGCACUGCUCCCGACGACGGCUCUGGGGCUCUAGUGUGGAAAGAUGAGCUCGAGCUUCCCAAGCUUGCAGACCACGGCACGGGCAGCCUGAUCCCGGGAUCCGACGGCUCAGGCGAAGUCGUAGCAAUUGGCUCUCACGUUACGCGCUUCAAGCCCACCGACCGCGUAAUCGUUGUGUACUACCCGAACUUCCUCUUCGGUGCUGCACCUACCUACGCUCAAAUGAGCGGCAGUCCCGGCAGCAAUAAGGACAGCCCCGGCACGUUUCGGCACCACGGGGUGUUCAACGAAAACGGCGGUCUGAUUCAUAUGCCCAGCAAUCUGAGUUACAGUGAGGCGGCAACCCUGCCUUGCUCUGCGCUGACGGCUUGGAAUGCUCUACAUGGGCUGAAGCCAUUAAAGGCGGGAGAGUAUGUUCUUGCCCAAGGGACGGGAGGGGUUUCGUUGUUUGCUAUGUUGUUUGCGUUGAAGGCUGGAGCAGUUGUUAUUGCAACUACUUCUUCCGACGAGAAAGCUCGCAGGCUCAAGGAGAUGGGAGUGCAACAUGUUCUCAGCUAUAAACAGGAUCCGAACUGGGGAGAAACCGCCACGAAGUUGACACGCGGCGAGCUGGGCUGUCAGCGAGUGAUCGAGGUUGGUGGAGCGCAGACUAUCAAACAGUCGUUCGAAUGUGUCGCGAGAGGAGGGGAGAUUGAUGUUAUUGGAUUUUUGACGGGGCAGGGACAUGCGGAGGAUGGGCCCACGUACCUCGAGCCGCUAUUGCGAGCUUGCACGGUCAGGGGCAUUGAAGUAGGGAACUGGGUCCAGUUCGAGGAGAUGAAUCGCGCAAUUGAGGCGUAUGAUAUUAGGCCUGUUGUUGAUGGGAAGGUAUUUGGAUUUGGGGAGUUGAGGGAGGCGUAUAAGUAUGUUUGGGACCAGAAACAUUUUGGCAAGGUUGUGCUGUCUGAUGGGGAGCAGUGA